AUGACAAAGAAAUCCAUGGCGAUUCCAUGGAGAAGUCUCUCAUCCUUUUUGCGAAAGCAUUCAGAGAUUAGUGAUGGAAGAGAUGGAAAUCGUGAAAUGUUUCACAAAAGAAUCACUGGUUCCAUAUCGUGGAAUGAGUUCUCGGAAAUGUUGUUGCUGCUACUUCCGAUUCUCAAUUCAUCUUCAAUGAAAAGUCUUUUUCGUCCAUUUUCAAAGGAUAAGUUUUCAGGUUCUGAGGGGGAUGAUAUAUUAUGCCCCAUAUGUAAGGCCAAUCCAACAAUCGCAUAUGUUGCUCUUCCUUGCCACCAUAGAAAUGGUCCAUGUGGCUGUAUGAUUGUUGCACUGGCAAUCCAACUUUUUUUUCCCAAAACUCUGAUUUUGAUGCUUGCCACAUUUGACCUUAUCAUUUGUUAUAAAGAAAAGGAAUGGGAUAUUGAGCAACUUAUGGGAUCUGGUGGCAUGCCAUCAUCACAUUCAACAACUGUGACUGCUCUUGCUGACUGCUCUUGCUGCUACUGUUGGUAUUUUGGAUGGUAUUGGUGGCACUAA